AUGGAGUGUGUUCUGAAUACAAUAACCGUAUGGCGCGAGGCAGGUGAGAGGGAUGCCUAUAGGAAUCUUCUGGAGAAGUUUCCAACAGGAGCUGUUGCUUGCGUCUCCGAUAGUUACAACAUUUGGAAUGCGUGUGAAAAGAUCUGGGGAGAGGAUCUUCAUAACUUGGUUGUGAAUCGAGAGGGCACUCUGGUCAUCCGGCCGGAUUCGGGUAAUCCUGAAAAAGUGGUAGUCCAGGUACUGGAAAUUCUGGGCCAAAAGUUCGGCUAUAGUCUUAAUAACCUGGGCUUCAAGGUGCUCCCACCAUAUCUCCGCCUCAUUCAAGGCGACGGCAUCAAUCUCGAGAGCCUUGGGAAGAUCCUGGAGAACGUGAAGGCGGCUGGCUGGAGCACUAUCAACGUCUCUUUCGGCAGUGGCGGUGCCCUGUUGCAGCGUCUCAAUCGGGACACUCAGAAAUGCGCCUUCAAAUGCAGCCAUGCUGUCAUCAACGGCAAACAGGUGAGUGCAAGUGUCAGCGCUGCUUAUGAUGACGACGAUGAUGAUGGUGAUGAGAGUGUCUAUAACAUCUGCCACAUCAACAUCCUUCCAUGCAGACCCGUUGACGUUUGCAAGCAUCCGAUCACUGAUCCACAGAAGCAUUCCAAGAAGGGUCGUCUGUGCCUCCAACGAUCGGCGUCGCAAAACGGAUUCGUCACGAUGGAGGAGGGUCAGGGCGAUUUGGAGAAAGUGAGCCACUUCGCAUGCGGUCCU